UUGACACAGCGGUCCGCGUCAACAGCAGAAAGGUAGCUUUUGAAUUUGCUUUUACAUUUACAAAGCGUACGUAAGCCGUUUUCCGAAACGUAAGGUAAAAUGAAGUUCCUUGUGUAUGGUGCUGAUGGCUGGAUAGGGGGACUGAUUGCCGACAUCCUGCGCAACGCAGGAGACAAAGUAUUCAAAGGAAGUCGUGUAUUAUCCAUUGAUGACGUACUUCUCGAUCUGAAAACAACCGAGCCGCAUUAUGUUAUCUGCAGCUUGGGUCGAACGUGGGGACCUGGUUACAAUUCUAUUGAUUACCUGGAGCAGCCUGGCAAACUACCCGAAAACAUUUUUGCGAAUCUCACUGCACCCGUUUUGAUCGCCCAGGCAUCGGCGGCGCAUCGUACUCCAUCGUCGGUUCCCGUUCUUUACAUAGGAUCGGGUUGCAUUUUUGAAUAUGACGACGAACAUCCUCAAAAGAGCAACAAGUGCUUCACGGAAGCGGAGCCACCAAACUUCGUUGGAUCUUCUUAUUCCGUGGUGAAAGGUCAAACGGAUUUAAUAAUGAAAAAUUUUUCGCAUGUGCUGAGCGCAAGAAUCAGGAUGCCAAUUACUGAACAAAGCUCAUCCAGGGACUUCAUUACCAAGGUUCUGGGAUAUGAAAGAAUAAUAUCCUCACCAAAUUCCGUCUCCGUACUACCAGAUAUUCUACCUUUUCUUGUUGCAUGUCUUCUUGACGGAAAACGUGGAACCAUCAAUGCAGUGAACCCCGGAGUUAUUGAGCACGAAGAGAUCGUACAUAUGUAUGAGCAGAUAUCAAAUCGGCCGCACAAAUACUCACUAAUGACCAUAGAACAACAAAACAAGCUUUUGUUGGCCCAAAGAUCAAAUAACUGUUUGAGUACGGAGCUAUUCGAUCAAUGGUUUGCUGAACUCCCUAAGCAUUUGAAAGCGAAAUACAAAGUUCCGGAAAAGCUGGCACCGGCAAAAGAGAGAAUUCGACGCAUCAUUGCAAUACGGGAAUCUAAAGGUGUCGACACAGUGAAUUCAAAAGUCAUUUUGGUAACAGGUGGAUGUGGGUUUAUUGGGUCAAAUUUCAUCAACUAUUGGAGCAAGCAAUAUCCAGACGAUAUCAUAGUGAAUCUUGAUUCUUUGCAGUUCAGCUCCAACCCCAAGAACAUUGAAAACCCUGGCCAUUUUAAAUACCACUUUAUUUAUGGAAGUUUACUGGAUGCUCCAUUGGUUUCAAAACUUUUUCAAGAUUUUGCAUUUACACACGUAGUUCAUUUUGCUGCAGCCAGCAAUGUGGACCAGUCGUUCAGCCAUCCGAUGGAUUGCACCAGUUCAAACGUUUUGGGCACCCAUGUACUUCUGGAAGUUGUUCGUAAAUGCAAAACCUUGCAGAUUCUGGUGUAUAUUUCCACUGACGAAGUUUACGGUGAAAUUGUGCAGGGAUCAAGCUCAGAAACGUUUCCCUUUCUUCCAACUAACCCGUAUGCGGCAAGUAAAGCAUCUGCCGAAUGUCUCGUGAUGUCUUAUGGUAAAUCGUAUAACAUACCAUACAUCAUCACCAGGUGCAAUAAUGUCUACGGGCCUUAUCAAUACCCUGCUCAAGCAAUACCGAAGUUUGCUCUUCUUAUUUUAAAGCAGCGCAAAAUGCCAGUUCAUGGGUCUGGACAGGCCGUAAGACGUUUUUUGCACGUCUUUGACAAAUGUCGUGCACUUGAUCUUAUAAUUGAAAAAGGUCAAAUUGGAGAGAUUUACAACAUUGGGACGCAAGACGAGGUGUCUAUAUUGCAAAUUUGUUCAUUGUUACUGCAGGAAGUCUUCAAAAAGGAUGUGCACCUGCAAGAUUGGAUUGUUCAUGUACCAGACAGGCCAUAUAAUGACUGCCGAUACGCAGUUGACUUUUCGAAGCUGAAAGCGUUGGGAUGGGAACAGAGCAUUGACUUCAAGGACGGAUUUUCCGACACAGUAAAUUGGUAUAAGAACAACCAAGAUCACUGGGGAUCGAACGGACAUUUGGACGAAGCCUUCCGAACAUCGGACCACAUUUUCUAAUGCAGUUUUAGUUAAGCAGUAAAUGGGUAAAUGGUGGAUAACAAACGAGUAAGAUCGCGUCUUUUUGCCUCAGGCCAUGAAAACGGAUUUCUUGGAAAACCACAUUUCUGAAUCAAAUAGCGUGCCACCGCAUUUGGAUUACAAUUGAGGUGUCGUAAACAUUUAGGCACUGCUUGUCGCCGCUUUUAAAUUGCAGAGGUUCGCAUUAUUGGUAAGAUCAUGUUUGAAAACAAUUAAAACAAAAGCAGUCCCCUUGUCAGAAUUGUGAUAUAAUCAUAUAGUUUAUUGAUAGCUUUUGAAUCAAAUGCAGAUAUUAGAGACCAUAUAAUAACCCAUCGAUUUAUACCAAAAUGACCGAUUUCAAUAUGAGUAAUCGAUGUAAAAUAUAUAUUUAUUCUCGUAUAUAACAGCGAGCUUGUUUUAAAGCACAGCGGCGAUGACAUUAAUAGCAAAAACACAAUCCGUUACACAUUUUUCCCGCAAAAAACAAUAUUUCAUGGAAAAAUACGCUUUUAGCAGCUCAGAAUAAAAUCAGUAAAAAGGUGUGUAACGGAGGGACGCUCCGCCCUCCUGAGUAGCUAUUCGCUGUUUCUGGGGAUUUCCACCCCGCACAUUGCUGCGCUGUUUUGACGGAUCUGCAGCACAGUUGCACUGGCUGCAGAAUCCUUCCUUGUUAGUCUGGUGUUUGCUGCGCCACGGUGCGCAUUAGAUUCGGCAAUAAAGCCUCAUCCGGGUUCACCGCUGUUUCGCUGUCGAGGAUACGCGUGGCGCCCAUACGGCCCCGCGUUAUAGGUGAGAUGCGGCAUUCAAUUUUAAAUUUUGGAUGUUGACAUCCACGCGUUUCACAGCGAUACUGCUUUCCGGAAACCGACGAAACAGGGCAUUCAUUCACUGAAAAGAAGGAGAUGCUUCAUGAUUAUCUUUUUUCAAACAAGUACGAAAUAGAGAAUUCGAUCUGGUUGCCGACGAAGUGAUGGUUGUUCAAUACCGCACCAAAAGAGACUACAUGUACAUUGCAACAAGUCGCAAGACGAACGUUGUUAUUGCGGCCUUUACUACAGCCUGUGCGCGGUUACAUCUGUUGAAAUUCAUGGAAAUGACAGCAUUUUAUACGUUCACAAGGAUGAUUUGCCUGAUCCACCAACCGGGACCUGUCUGGGUCAUUUGUCGUCAUCUUUAGGACCUGCUGAACACAUUGAUGAAUUUGUGGCAAUAAGAAGAUUUAGUGCACUGUUAGCAGUUUCCAAAAUGAUUGGCCGGGGCGCACCGAAGGUCUUCCUAUUUGAGCUCCAAUGCUCUGCUUAACUUCUGUCCGUUACGGAAGCUCUUAUCAGGACGUCAUCGCGGUCAGUCGGAUGACGUCAUGGCUCUGUAUUGCAGCUUUGUAAUGCUUAACUUGUUUCCGUUGCGAAAGCUCAGGAUCACACUCCCGGUAUCAAACUCCAUCAGCGACAGCCAAAAAUUCCGACAGGAGCCGACCAUAUAGCACAAAAAUAGGGGAAAAAAGCGGACCAUGUCCAGAAGGGAGAAAUGGCUGUGACUUUCUCCAUCAACAAUAAUAUGCGAAACAUUUUUAAUAGGGCUGACACUUUUACUAAGGCUUUUUUAAUAAUCUUGACCUUCGCUGCGCUUCGGUCAACUAAUUCCGGAAAUAAUGUAGUAAUGUCCCCCAUAUCGGACACUACUACUUUCGUUCCAGCAACAAUGUCCCCCAUGCCGGACACCUUAUUUCGUUCCGGCAAUGAUGUCCUUCAUGCCGGAUAUCAAUAAUUGCAUUCCAGCGAUAAUGUCCCCUUGGUGACCAUGGCCCCUCAGUUCUUUUUGACCGUUAACGUAGUGGUAGCGGUGGUACCAGCGGUAGCGGUGGUACCAGUGGUAGCGGUGGCGUUAACGUAGUGGUAGCAGUUUUUCAUAGGCACCGAUUCACCUUAAAAUCAGCUUUUCGUUGUAGGUCCGCCA